AUGACAAUCGCAAACCUCCUUCUAUCCCUCACCCACCAGGUGCAAGAGAACAAAGGCCAAUCCCUCCUGAUAACGCUCUUCAUAGCACCUUUGAUCUACGUCUUCAUCAACGAAAUCAUCCGCAGCAAUGCACGAAUCAGCCAUCUCCGCGGUCCCUCCGGUUUACCACUAAUCGGCAAUAUUCGCGAUAUUAAAGUCAAUGCUUCGGAGAAAUAUCGCGAGUGGGCCAAGAAAUAUGGCCCGGUUUAUCAGAUUCAGCUUGGCAAUAUUCCGAUUGUUGUGGUUAAUAGUGCUGCUGCUGCGAGAACUAUCUUUGGCGCCAAUGCGCAGGCUUUGAGCUCUAGACCUGAGUUUUAUACCUUUCACAAGAUCCUCUCGGAUACGGCUGGAACAACAAUUGGUACUUCGCCCUACAGCGACUCCCUCAAACGUCGUCGCAAAGGCGCUGCCUCAGCUCUCAACCGUCCAUCCGUAGCAACCUACGUCGACCAUCUUGACGUCGAAACUCGAGACUUUAUCAAAGAGCUCGUCGAGUAUGGUAACAGUGGCAAGACCCCCGUGGACCCCAUGCCCAUGAUUCAACGUCUCUCCCUCUCCCUAGCGCUGACUCUCAACUGGGGUAUUCGUCUCAAGAGUCAAAAGGACGACAUGUUUGCCGAAAUCACACACGUGGAAGAAGAGAUCAGCCGGUUCAGAUCAACGACUGGUAAUCUGCAAGAUUACAUCCCUCUUCUUCGUCUAAACCCAUUCAACUUCCACUCUGCCAAAGCAAGGGAGAUGAGAGAAAGACGUGAUAAAUACCUCACAGCUCUGAACGACGGCCUGGAUGAGAGAAUUGCAAAUGGGACUUACAAACCCUGCAUUCAAGCCAACGUCAUCAUGGAUAAGGAGGCGAAGCUGAGUAAAGAUGAACUCACAUCCAUCAGUCUCACCAUGCUUUCAGGCGGUUUGGAUACAGUUACUACUCUUGUCGCCUGGUUCGUCGCAUACUUGAGUCAACACCCUGAGAUCCAAGAAAAGGCUGUUGCCGAAAUUGGAAAGACGUUUAGUCAGAAGGAGCCUAUGUGUGAUGUCAACGAUGAUCAGAAGUGCGAGUACGUCGUUGCUUUGGUCAAGGAGUCAUUGCGAUACUACACCGUUCUUCGCCUUGCUCUACCACGAGCUUCAAUCCGCGAUGUCGUCUACGACGGUGUUAAAAUUCCCAAAGGAACAGUAGUCUUCCUCAAUGCAUGGGCCUGCAAUAUGGAUGACCAAGUCUGGACCGACCCCGAAGUCUUCCGUCCCGAGCGCUGGUUCGAACAACCCGACGCACCACUUUUCACCUAUGGCGUAGGCUACCGCAUGUGCGCGGGCUCACUAUUGGCGAACCGGGAACUGUAUCUUUUGUACAUGAGACUUUUGAACAGUGUCAAGAUUGAGCAGUUUGAUGAUGUCGAUUGUCAUCCUCUUACUGGGAAUCUGGAUCCUACUAGUCUUGUUGCUAUGCCUAGGAGGUACAAGGCUACUUUUACGCCGAGAAAUCCGGAUGCGCUUAAGAAGGCUUUGGCUGUUUCUGUAGAGUAG